UUUUUACAAAUUAUGUGGCAAAAAUGAUAUGGAAUUCAUUCAUCAUUUGAGAUCUUAACUUAUAGGUGUAGAAAAUGGUGGUUUUUAGCAUUGGUAGGGUUAUUGUAGGAUUUCUUGCUGCUUGGCUUAUUGUUAUAAUUUUAUUAAGUGGCCCUAUGUUUCAUAACAAUGAGCCUGAUGAGCAAAUACUUGUAAGACUUUCUCGAGCUUUAGGAGAGCUAGAAGCAUUAAAAUUGCAGAAUGAAGAAUUAAAAUCACUUCUAAAUUCUUUGAAGUUGUCUCCAGAUUCAUUAAAGAGUGAACAACCAAAUUUAAUCAAUAGUCAUGAAACUGGAUUGAAAUCUCAUACUUCUAAAUCUGGUUUCCAGCAAAAUGGCAUAACAGGUUUUAGAGAACCAAGCAAAGAAUUUGAAGUUACAAGGAGGCUCAUUGAAGAUGGCGUUAGUGAAAUGUGGUAUUUCUUGAAUGCAGAAAUAAAAAAUUUAAAUAAAACCAUAAAUUCAGAUCCUGCCAAUAUAAAGAAAAUAUCUCUGCUUCUGGAAGACAUAGGUCAUAGAAAAAGAGUUAUUUAUUCUGACUUGACAAAAUUUAAAGAUUUGGAUGGCUUGAAAGAAUGGAGAGAAAAAGAAGCUAAAGCUCUGAGUGAUAUAGUUCAAAAAAGGCUUCAUCAUUUGCAGAAUCCUAAAGAUUGUCCCUCUGCUAAAAAAUUAAUCUGCAAUUUAAAUAAAGGCUGUGGUUAUGGAUGCCAGAUUCAUCAUGCUGUUUACUGUUUCAUUGUUGCAUAUGGAACAAAAAGAACUCUUAUAUUACGUUCUCACAAUUGGCGUUAUGCCCAGAAAGGAUGGGAAUCUGUAUUUUUACCAAUAAGUGAAACAUGUAAAGAUGAUAUUGGAUCUCCUAGAGCACCAUGGCCAGCUACUGAAAAUACACAAGUUAUUGAUCUUCCAAUUAUUGACAAUGUGCGACCUCGACCACCGUACCUGCCAUUAUCUAUUCCUAAAGAUUUAUCUGAUAGAAUCAUUCGACUGCAUGGUAAUCCUGUUGUGUGGUGGAUUGCUCAGUUUGUGAAAUACUUAUUACGCCCUCAAGACAGCAUGAAAGCCAUUUUGGAAAAAGUGGAAGAAAAAUUAGAUUUUAAGCAUCCUGUUGUGGGGAUUCAUGUGAGAAGAACUGAUAAAAUUGGUACAGAAGCUCAGUUUCAUCCCAUUGAGGAGUAUAUGGAACAUGUGGAUGAAUACUUCCUACGACUAGGUCUUGAUCAUCCUGUAACAGAAAAAAGAGUGUAUUUGGCAACUGAUGAUCCUAAUUUAUUAGCAGAGAGUAGAAAAAAAUAUCCUGAUUACAUAUUUUAUGGAGAUCCUAACAUAGCUAAGAGUGCAUCUGUGGGUCAGCGAUACACCACAGAAUCUCUAAAAGGUGUUAUCUUAGACAUCCAUAUGCUAUCGAAAUGUGAUUACUUGGUCUGUACUUUUUCAUCACAGGUGUGUCGUCUUGCAUAUGAAAUAAUGCAAGAUUUUCAUGCUGAUGCUUCAACUUAUUUCCGCUCUUUGGAUGAUAUCUUUUACUUUGGUGGUCAAAAUGAUCAUAAUCAAAUUGCUGUUUACAAUCAUACUUCUAGAAACUCUCAUGAACUUUCUAUGCAAAAAGGUGAUAUCAUUGGUAUUGCUGGAAACCAUUGGGAUGGUUACUCUAAAGGUUUGAAUCGAAGAACUAAAAAAAGUGGUUUGUAUCCAUCCUACAAAACCAUUGAAAAAUUAGAACUUGUAGAUUUUCCUACUUAUUCAGAAGUAGAUGAACUUUAGGCACUUAAGAAAAUUUAGGAAAAGAUUUAAGAAUUUCACAAGCAUUCAUAAUAUUUGUCUACUUAAGAAUAUACGAAGCCAAUAGAGCCUGGUUAAAAGUAUGUUUUCAAAAAAUUGCUCAAUUCACAAAGUAUUAAAAUUUUAUAAAAUCUUCCAGAUUUUCUACACUAAAAAUUUGAGUAGUCUUCACUUGGCAGCUCCCAAGUUUACAGGUUAUUUCUUUCUUAAUUAGUAAUAAUUUCUUAUUGGCACUAUUUGAGAAUAAAUUUCUUAUCUGGCUGUUUGUCUGUACUUAAAUUAAAGUGAUACAGGAAAAAAAAAGUCUAAAGUUCUUAAUUUUUAGAAAAUAUUUCUUUGUAAUUUAUAUACUAUUAUCAAGAUUCUAA